AUGUUUCAUUUAGGCGGUGAGUCACGUGAUCGGUCGUCCGCUGUCUUUGAUGCUGGUGUCAAAGCUAAACUACUGCGGGCACGCCUUAGUGAAAGCAAGGAUCUUGACGAUCUUCUGCGCUUCGCAGAUGGAACCUACGAUGGAAAUGAAUUUGACUUCAAUGUGAAAACCAAAGGAUUGGGUGGUGAUCAAGAUCUAGAAGGCUUUCAAGACCUCAAAAUCGCAGAGUCCCAUGAGGAGCAAAAUGAGCAAUCCACUGGCUUACAAAAAUCAAGCACGACUUCCUGCACUGAUGAUAAUUCAGCCUUAUCUCCUAUCAAGCCACUGCAUGUUUCAGUAGACGAAAAAGGCCCGCUUGACAACCAAGCCGAUGACGCGCUCGCAGAACUCAACAAGGCACUGGAAGUGAGAGAUUCCGGACCAUCUCAGCCAGUAAGACCACAACCGCUUCCAAAUGAUGACAGACUUAAUAUUGCCGAGCAGAGAAUGUUCACGCACAUCCUGCCAGUGGAGGUCACUGUGGUGUAUGUCAUCCGCACAGCUGGAAUGCUGAUAAUUUGCGCAAUCCAAGACGGCAGUCGUCAUUAA